AUGGCCAGCAGAAAGUAUGCUGAUGUCUCCUGGUUUGAUAUAUGUCAAAUCUUCCUCAUUUGCUUGGGCAUUCCGUUCGUCAUGGCCUGGAAUCUCAUUAAGUUCCUGUUCAUAGGUCCACCCGUCAAAGGCAUGCGGUUCGGUGUAGCCAUUGCGGCCGUCAGAUUCCUAUGUUCACGUUCAUCGAUCCCUCAACUUCAAUAUGUGAAUGGUACCACCCUCCCGGUGUACAAGGCAUGGGCGAAGAAGAACAAACUUCCAGUUGUGGUCGAGGAGCUUGUAGCAGAUGCCAGGCUCCUGUGGAUUGGACCAAAGCAGACAAAGCGGGUCAUCCUGUACUUUCACGGUGGCGCGUAUCUCGCCCCGCUUAUGGAAUUUUCUGUAAGCUUCUGGAGAUAUGUCCAAUUAGAGCUACAGAAACGAGAUUGUGAAGUCGGCGUGGCUAUUUUCAGCUACUCGCUCUUCCCAGAGGCCCCCUUCCCCUCCCAGCUGCGUCAAGCAACCAUCGCAGUAGAUCAUCUCCUUGCUCAGGGAGUUCACCCCACCAACCUCCAAAUUGUUGGCGAUUCAGCGGGGGGAAACCUCGUCCUCGAACUCAUUUCCCACCUUCUUCAUCCACUCGACCCUUCAAUCAAGAUCCAAACACCAUUCAAAUCUCGCAUCAACGGUGUCUAUCUUAUGUCACCUUGGGUCCACAUCCAGACGAAUGAAGCAGCCUAUUUGACCAACCGCAAUUCGGAUCUAUUCGACGUCCCCUGUAUCAUAAAAUGGAGCCGAGCCAUCAAGGAUGAUGUCCCAGUUGAUAACUUGAACCUGCCAUACAUUGAACCUUCCUCUGCGCCGAUAUCGUGGUUCGACGAUAUUCAUACUGUUGUGGACCGGAUACUAGUCACUGCCGGAGAGGCGGAGAUAUUCAAAGACGAUAUCACCAAUUUUUCGAAGGUUCUGGCGAGAGGAAAGGCAAAUUUCAAGUUUGUUGUCCAGGAGCAUGGGAUUCACGAUGAUCCAUUUUUCGACUUCUUGUCUAGUGCUACACCUCCCCCGGAGAAACUAGGCACUCUCACUCCUCUCAUUAUUGAUUGGCUGGAAAGUGGGUUUAAUCUUGUUGACUCCGAUAUUUAG